AUGGGGCGCCGCCAAAUGGAAAAGCCGUGGCAGAUCAUAGCCGCGGAUAUAGCCGGACCCUUUCCUCGAAGCCCGAGAGGACACGAAUACAUCUUAGUGUUCGUAGAUCUAUUCACUCGAUGGGUAGAGUGUAUCCCCCUUCGAAAGGCCACGGCUAAAAAUAUCAUACGAGAAUUCCACGAUCAAAUAGUUACACGGUAUGGCGCGCCGGAGGUCUUCCUAUCAGACAACGGCACUGAGUUCAAGAAUAGAGUGGUGGAAGAAUACCUUAGUAGAAGCGGAAUCUCGCGGGGCCUGACACCAAUUUACUGUCCACGAGCGAAUCCGACGGAGAGAUACAACCGUACCCUCAAGACCAUGAUCAGAUCAUAUCUCGAGGAGCAACACAAGAAUUGGGAUGAGAAGCUUCGUGAUCUCUGCUUUGCGCUCAACACCGCCGUCCAUAGCUCGACCAAGGUUAGCCCCGCCAUAUUAAAUUAUGGGAGACAGCCGGUGCCACCCGCGACAAUCCGGCGAGAACGGGAAGCAUUAGGGGCAGAAAACGAAGAAAAUCGGUCGCGGGAAGGCUGGGCGGAUCACCUGAGUCACCUACCCGAAUUGUUCGAAACGGUUACGGAAAGGGGGCGGCAAGAACAGGAACGCCAGGCGAAGAUAUUCGAUCAGAAGCGACGCCAAGUCCCGUUCAAGGUCGACGAUUGGGUGUGGUACCGUAACCGCGUCCUUUCGUCCGCGGCAAAGGGUAUCUCGGCUAGCUUGGCACCGUCUUACAAAGGCCCAUACGUCAUCGUCGAAAAACUGGGGGCAAAUACCUUCCGAAUAGCUAAUCACCAGGAGACUAUCGAGGGUACGGUUCACGCCGAAGAUCUUAAACUGUUCCACGAGGCGACCAAGGAAGAAGAAGACGAGGACACUCGACCUCCGAGGGACAUCGAGGCGAAGCGCGACCCGCCAGCCAACUGCGACCAACCGAAUGACGGAAUCCACGAAGGGAGAAGCUCCGAAUGCACUCCGGAUUCAGCCGACGAACCUCCACAAUCGGAAGCGGAGGAUCCCGAGGUGGGGAAUACACCCAAACGGCGACGACGUGGGCGGCCUCCGAGAGGGCCACGGAGCCAGGGCGCCCCAAUCCCUGAGAAAAGGGGCAGGGGCCGCCCAAGGAAAGCUAUACCGGUGGUGCGUCGGGUAAUCGAGCGCUCGGCGUCAAACGAAAAGCGGGAAGACGAGCCUCCCAUACGGAAACGCGGGCGACCUCGGAAAUCGUAA